UAUGGGCGUGCCUUGUUUACCCCUCAGGUUGGCUAGGAAGCCAACGGGACAACUUUGUUUUUUUUGCGGGGUCCCCCGAGUUUUUCGCACACGGCAUGUGUGCUUAGGCCGCUCUUGUCUUCAGAGAGACGAGAAGCUCUUUGCACGCCUGGAGGAUUGGCUGGCCCGGCUGGAGGUGUCGAUGGACAAGAUGACUUCCCGCAAGGUGAUCAGCCCCAACUUCUCGCUCCAUUCUGAGGGCUCGGUGCAGCAUGUGGAAUCCCAGGAGCAGCGAGCGUCGCUGGUCAUGGAGAAGUUAGAGGUCGACGACUCCAACUCCCAAGCGGGGUGGCAGAGCCAGAACAGCGACGUCAUGAACAGCGAGGAGGACCUGGAGAGCGAGAAGAAAUGUUUGCCCCAUUUCUGUCCUCAGCCGAAGGAGGAGAGCGCCUACGUUUGGCAGAAACCCUUGCGGCGACUUAUCGAAUCCUGGAUG